AUGAGACUUUUGAAAAAGCUCGAAAACGCGGAGCGACCCCUGCUCGGGCCGAACGUAAAGGCCUUACAAUUUUGGGGACUUUUGCUUCCGAAAUAUAGACUCAAACGAUAUUUCUAUCUCACCAUGCAUUUUCUUGUAACAUUAUUUACUUUCACAGAAUGCGUCGACGUUUAUUUCGUGAAAUCAGAUAUGAAUUUACUGUUGAAUAAUUUGAAGAUAACUAUGCUGGCUACUGUGAGUGUAUGUAAAGUAAAUACCUUUUUGUACUGGCAAAGAAGGUGGACAGAUAUCAUUGCUUACGUCACGAGAGCUGACUUGAAUCAAAGGAACACGAAAGACGAAAAGAAAUUGGCGCUGAUAAAGAAAUUUACACUCUAUUGCAGGAAGAUUACGUAUCUGUAUUGGUUUUUAAUGUACACUACGGUGGUUAUUGUGGUCGCCCAACCUAUAUUUAAAUACGCUUUCUCGAAGAAUUACAGAGACAACGUAAGAAUGGGAACCGAGACCUACCUCCAAGUCGUCAGCUCCUGGGUGCCUUUCGAUAAAAACACCAUUAUAGGCUACAUAGCUGCUUCUAUAUAUCAGACUUAUGCUGCUAUCUACGGAGGGGGAUGGAUCACAUCCUUCGAUACCAACGCUAUGGUAACCAUGGUAUUCUUCAAAGCAGAGCUGGAGCUCUUGAGGAUCGACAGUGGGAAUAUUUUUGGCAAUGUUGGAAGACCAGUGGACAAGAGCAUAGUUUUACGGAGACUAAAGAAUUGUCAUAGAAGACAUUUGGAUUUGGUCAAAUACGCUCAACUGUUCGACGCAUGCUUAUCUCCCAUUAUGCUUCUUUACAUGUUUGUUUGUUCGGUCAUGCUCUGUGUUACUGCAUAUCAAAUAACUAUUGAAACCAACCCAAUGCAGCGUUUCUUUACAACAGAAUUCCUUGUGUUUGGUGUUGCACAACUCUUCAUUUACUGUUGGCAUAGCAACGACGUUCUUAUUGCUAGUGAAGAACUAAUGAAAGGUCCAUACGAGAGUACCUGGUGGUCGCAUACAGAACAUCGGAAAGAUUUGUACAUACUGAUUUCGCAGUUCAAGAAGAGCAUUGUGUUCUCUGCCGGGCCCUUUGCUAAGUUGACUGUCGCUACAUUUAUUAGUAUACUGAAAGGCGCCUACAGCUAUUACACUCUACUCAGCCAGUCGCAAAUGAAAUGAGCUUUAACGAAAAUUUGUGUAAUAUUAGUUGUUAAUGCUUUUAGUUUUUCACUUUCAAAAAUAUAUG